AUGGCGACGACGACGACGACGGACGCGCGCGACGACGACGCGAGCUUCACGGCGCGAGGCGAACGACGCGACGCGACGUCGGACGCGGCGGACGCGGCGGAAUCCUCGGCGUCGGCGGAAUCCUCGGCGUCGGCGGACGCGGGGGCGACGACGUCGACGCCGCCGGUGAAUGAAUUCCGAGCGCGGUACGACCGAGUGCGCGAUGACGCGUGCGCGGUGUCGUCGAUCGAGAUACGAGGAAACGAACGGACGCGAGCGUCGGUGAUCGAACGAGAGUUGGCGAGGGCGUACGAGGCGAGGACGCUGGACGGGAUCAAGGACGCGCUCUUCGCGGCGAACGCGAGGCUGUAUGAAUACGGGAUAUUUAAAGACGUCGCGAUCGUGAUCGAUGCGGAUCACGAGGGAGGACGGUUGGACGGUGGGGACGUGCCGGGGGCGAAGGUGGUGGUGAGCGUGGAGGAAAAAGACGCGUUUCAUUUUAAAGUCGGAACGUACGUGAGCAAACGCGGCGAGGGCGAGGCGGAGGCGACGUUUGGGCUGCGCAACCCGCUCGGGUACGGGGAAAAGUUUGAGGUCGAACUCAUCAAGGGGCAGAAUUCGAGCUCGACGUACUCUGCGGCGUGGGAACAACCAAAACUUUACGGGAGCGACGUAAAUUUGGACGCGCGCGCUUUUCAGUCCGUCGAGUGCUUUAAAAAGUUGAGCUCAUUCGACGUGACGUCGAGGGGCAUUCGCGUGGGCGUCGCGGGUGACGGACCGGGAACGGUGGAUUACGAAAUCGCGUGGCGAGAUGUUCAAGAUCCAACGCGCAUGGCUAGCCGGGAAGUUCGACGUCAGCUCGGACACUCGCUCAAGUCGGCGGUGACGCACACGUACGUCUCCGACCGCCUCGACAGACAGGUGAGGCCGACGUCGGGCUAUUUGUGGAAGAUUCGGUCCGAGUUAGCGGGCAUCGGGUUUAUGGAUAACGCGCUCGCGGCAAAGUUCGUUAAGUCUGAAGUCAGCGCGCACGUCGUUGAGACGUUGGACGCGUCGCGCGGUAUCACGGCGUCGGCGUCUGGGCGCUUUGGCGUGUUAUUUCCGUGGGGGAAAUCUGGCAACGAUGGUGACAGUAGGACGUGCAUUGCGGAUAGAUUCUUCUUAGGUGGCGUCGGGUGUCUGCGCCAGUUCGAAAAUAACGGCGUUGGCCCGAGUGACGCGCGUCGUGGAACGAAAAAGACCGCAGCGGCGGAGGAAUCACCGGGCGCAAAGACGCCGUCGAGCGCCGAAGAUGGAGAACCGUCGCUCACGAGAGACGCUUUAGGAGGCGAUUUCGUGUGGAGCGCCACGGCUGCGUUGCAGAUGGAUAUUCCGGGAGAGAAAUUUGAAGCCAUGAGGGAGGCUGGGAUUCAUUUCCACGCGUUUGCGACCGCCGGGACGCUCUUACCGCUCGCCGCUCUGUCAGGGGCGCCGAAAGACGCGAUCAAGGUUGUUCGCGACGCCACGCGCGCGUCUUUGGGCGUUGGCAUUGUUUGGCCGUUGCCGAUCGGUCAGAUCGAAAUGAAUUACGGCAAAGUCGUGCGCGCGGGGACAAACGAUCGCGUCAGCGACGGGUUUCAAGUGGGCAUCGCCGCGCACGUAUCCAUGUAG